AUGUUCAAUGGAUUCUUUAAGAAACACAAACAAAAAUUGAUUUGGACUGGUGCUAUUGCAUCUGUGCUAGGAAUUGGUGGAGGGUUAACUUACUAUUGGUACAAGAAACGAAAGGAUGAAACAAAGGAAAAGGCUAAAAGAGAACAACAAAUGAAAUAUUUAUUUUCAGAGAAUAGUAAUGCUGCCAAGUUAGCCUUGAUUUCUGUUUUACCAAAUAUUUUUAAUCAUUUAAAUGAACAAUAUCCAAUUGAAUCACUUGUGGAGGAAUUAAAAACACAAAAAGACAUUUCGGCAUCAAGAAAGAAACAAGUUUGGGAAAAGAUUAAAAUUGAUUCUUUGGCAAGGACAAUUUCAUCUAUCUAUGCUCUUUGUUUAAUGGAUACAAUUAUUUCAAUUCAAAUAUCAAUGAUCGGAAGACAUUUAUAUAUGGAGCAUACUUUUAACAAUAAGAAAAUAGAAGAAGGAUUUGAAGAUGAAAAAUUGAAAAACCAUUUGUCACUUUCUUCCGAUAGAGUUUCACAACAUAGAUUUUUAGGUUAUGCAGCUUAUUUCAAUGAUGUUGGGUUGCCAAAAUUAAUUUCUCUUGUAGAAAAUGUUGUUAAAGCUCACGUUUUAGAUUUAUCGUUAAAACAUCAAUUUGCCACUAAUGAUUUUAAGGAGCUUGUAGAAUCUAUUAGAAAGCAAAUAGAUCAAAAAUUGGAUAAUAACGAAGAAUCUACUAGUGAAUUUAAAUUACCAAACUUAAUCUUACCUGAUCUUUCACAAUUAGCCAAAGACAAGGGUGAAGAAAAUGAUAAGGUUCAAAAAUUACUCUUUGAAUUGUCGGAUUUGAUUGAAUCUCCUGAAUAUGGUAACGUUUUUAGAGAGACUUGUAAUUGUGGAUUUUCACUCUUGUAUGACAGAAUUGAGGAACACAUAUCCAAGAAUGCAAAGAGAAAUGAUGAAGUUUCCUCAGCUCCAUUACGUUUACAUAUGGUCAAUGUUAGUUCAUGGCUUACAAAAGAAUUUAAAGUUGUUAUGAGCAAAAAAGAAGAUCAAGAUAUGAGUGAAUGGGGUCAUGUCUACGUUGAACAAACUCAUGCUUCUCAAUUCUUAAACAAGUACAGUGUACUCAUUUAUGCACGAGAUUUGUUAUAUGAAUGA